UGUAUAUAUAUAUAUAUAUAUAUUCAUUUCUCUCUCUAUAUAUCUUUCUCUCCCAUCUUCUAUUGACAUCUGAGAAACCCUAAUUCAACUAGCGGUCUCCAAUGGUCUGCUACCUUCAUUCUCUACCACUUUAGAUGAUAAUUCACAACAUCAGGGGACUGAUUGUGUUGAAAACGUAGAUGAUUUUCGAUAUAUGUAGAGAGAAAAAUGGAAGCUAAUUUACACUUGGAUUCCAAUGUACUUUUGCCUCCGAGAAAGCGGCUGCUGGCUGGAUUGAAGAAACAGAAUUCCGAUGGCAGUUAUCGAUUUCCAUCAACUUCUGGUUCUGUUUCUAGAGAAACUGAUACGCGGAUUGAAGAGUUGUUCCGGUCUUUUCUUAUGAACCCUAAUCGUUCAGAUGAGGAGAUUGUGGAGGCAUCAUUGUCUGCACUUGCAGCUGCAGUUAAGUUAGCUGAGGAUAAAAGAUUGGAAGCUGAACAGAAAGCUGAAAUAGCUGCAAAAGCAAUUGCUGCAGCAAGAGAUGCUAUAGAAUUGAGUGCAAUGAUUUCCGAGGAGUCAAGGAGACGAAUAAGAUGCACGAAGAAGUAUAACAAGAGUAAGAGCAAGAUGAAGAAGAAGCAGGUUCCUGUACAGGCUCUGUACAAUAAGCAUCGAUCUGUUGAGAAUCUUAAUACAGAUGAGGAAUUAGCUCGUAAGUUGCACCAAGCCAUAAAUAGCUCUCCGAGGAUUUCAAAGAACUCUCCUCCAUCAAACUCAAAGAGACUCAAAAGUGGAACCCUAGCUUGCAAGAAGAAUGAAGAUGACAAAUUGAACCAACUGAUGUCUCCAUAUACUUCUGGUGAAGAAACAAAGACCAAUAGUUUAGAUAAAAGUCCUCCAAAAACAGAAACAAAACUGUUAAUGGAUAAACCCUACUACUACUCUUCAGAUGAUACAUGUACUAGUUCCAAAAAGAGAAGCAGAAUCAGGCAGAAAAAGCUUCCAUUAAGCAUCUGUUCUUCUAAAGAUGGGCUGAUUUCAUCAGAAUGUUCUAAUAAUGGAAAGAAACCAAUUAUCAUCAAUAGUGUAAAUCUGGGUGAAUCCACAUCUCUUUGGAAGUGCAGCUCAUUCAAGACUUCUGUUUGUGCUAAACAAGACAAAGCUGUGCAAUCCAUUGUCAUAACCGAGUAUUAGCAGAGGUAGGUUUUCUCUCUAAUGUCUCUUUUUUUUUUUUUGGUAUAGGGUUUGCCCCAUUUUUUGUUGUGUUACUUUUUUGUUGUAAAACUUUUUUGAAAAAUACCCAUUUUAUGUAUAUGUAAGUGUUCAAUCCAUCUUGAAGUAUUUAGGGAAUGCAUUAAAAGACUAUUCUUGAGAAUUUCUGGUAUUGUAUUUGUAGAGAUAUUUAUCAGUUUUAUUAAAGAUAACUUCUGGUUUUGAAUUGAA